UCCCUUCUACCCGCAGAAGGCACACCCGACUGUUGCUGCACGCUGCAGUGCCUGGAGCGCGCAGACGGAGUGCAUGCUGCCCGCUAGCUGUGGCCGCCGCCGCCAAAUGAAUUGAAGUGCAUCCUCCGUCCUGCCACUCAUCGCCCUCCCCAUCUCGUGUCCUCUCUCAAACCAACCCCGGCCUCGCCUGCGACUGGACAGACUUCUGUCGCGGCGUCAUUCCCGGUCCAUGCGCUCGUCUCAAGUCGCCAUCGCUAUGAAACCCACCUCGCCGCCCUUUGUUCUUCGCCUGGCUCUGUGACGUUCCGGCGCUUGCCCUCAGCCCGCCGCCUGUACUCCUGCGUUCGGCAAGCCAUCUGCUGCGACAAGCCGUCGAGUCUCGCCUUUCUCUCACUUCUCUCCUGCUCACUGCCGUCGCCUGCCUGUCCCUCCUCGCCCCGUCCACCGCGGCCUGGCUCGAUUCACCCACUUCGAUUGAGUCACAGGCUCAUCGCGACCUCGCACGCCUUCGUUGCGUUGCACAAAUCGCUUUCACGACACGCCUGGUCUGGACGAAUGUCUCAGCCCCAUCCCGACCCUGUCGCAAACCUUGAUCAUCGCCUCCCCGACAGACAGACCCUCGCAUCGCCAGCGAUAUUUGAUGGUGCACAAUUGAAUGGACCCCUCGGCCGCGUCCCGUCCUCGUUCAGCAUGUAUAGGAUCCCUUGUCUCGAAAUCGCAGUCGCCAAGUGAUACCCGUCACGACGCCAGUCAGCCCUUGCUUGCCAUCGAGCAUGCUCGCACCCAGCGCGCCCACGAUGACGGCGCCUUUGCCUGAACAUGCCUUUGACGAGGACAUCAUGGCCCAGCGUCGAUUCAAAAAGCACAAGGCCCUCCCUCGCCCUCGGCUAGGAGGCCUCGACUACACUCGGCCGGCCGGCAUCGAGUACGAUCUCGUCAUCGAUACUACCCCUGUGUUCCAAAUGGCAGGCUCGCAGCCCUCGAGUCCUCGGACCUUGAAGCAUGAAUCGAGGCGGAUAGGCUCCGGCCCCGACCUCCCUCCAACUCCACCAAACCACUCUCGGAACUCUUCAAGUAGCCACUCUGCACUGCCUUCUAGCCCGACUCUCAACGAAAACAGUUUCGUUCACACGCCUCCACGAAAUGCGGUGCAGCGCCACAUCGCGACUCCUCCUGACCAAAGGAGUCCACCCACGCCAGACGUGACUCCUCCUGGUCCGGCCUCGCGACCUCGCAUCCUGCGUCCCUCCGCGCUCGAUCGCAGUCUUUCUCGCACGACCGACUCUCGAACCGAGUCAUUCAAGACAGCCAGGGAGGAGCCUCUAUCUUCCGACGACGAAGGUGGCAAGUCCACGGUGCGGCCAACAAUUGGCUCUUCCAACACUUCCCGUAGCACAAUCCUCCCGCUGGCCGCCGCCAAGCCCAGCAAAGCCGUGCAACCUCAAGUUCUCGACAUGACCCUGGAGCACCUUCAAGCAACCCCGACAGACGCCUACACUCCACGCACAAAGGGAGAGUUCGGCAGGUUCGAUGGAGACUGGGCCGCGCAGAGCGAUGUCGAGCAGGAAUGGGAUGAAAACUUGCAACGAAUGGUUACUGUCAAGAAGAGAGAUCAAAAGACUCAACCCUCUCGCACUUCACGCCACUAUGAAUGCAAUAAUGGAACUGACAGCGACCCGGUCAGUCCAACACGCGCAACAAGGGCUACGCGCCAGAUUCCCCGCAAUGAAACAGCUGCCGCCGGCUCAUCGCCCAAGCGAGAGAUUAAACGAAGGCAUGAAUCUCAUGCCCCGUCCACUUCUAGCACGUCGGUCCGCAGUGAUCCUCAUCGGUCGUCGCAACAAUCUCCUAGGUCAAACCGCGCGUCAAAUGCAUCAAACAUCGUCGAAGCAAUAUUGAUCGAUGCGCCCCCUCAACGCCAGAGAACUCUUAGACAUAUUCAGAAACGCAUAUCUCUGAGGGAGCCGAUUGACAGUCCAAUACAGCCGCCCCCGAAACUGUCCGCGCAGCAGCAGCCAGGGAGGUCGCCCCACGGCAGGCAAUUUCCCGAUCGAGGCAGACGACCUGAGAGCUACGCCUCAAAUCUGACUUCAAACUCCAUAUCGAGUGGGCGAGCCAGGCGCGAAGUGUGGAAGAGUGGCGGCAUUCCGGUCGUUGUCGUUCCAGACCGACGCUCGUCAAGCAAACCGAAGUCGAGCAAGGAGCCAUCGCUUCGAUCAACAUCCAGCCGACGGUCGAGACGCACUAUGAGUGUAGGUUCACCUACGCAAGAUAGAUCUCCUACCCGAGACGUUGGAGUUCGGCACGACCUACAGUCCCGCCGCGGUCGAAGCCGUCCAGUGUCAGAAUCGGAUCCUCUGGAUCAGAGGACUAUUGAUAUUCCACCAGUGAUCCCCACACGAUCAUCAUCGUUGUCGGCACCGACGAGUCGCAAUGCCUCGCGGACGGGUUCAUUGACCGCAGAGAGCUUACAGGCCUUGAACAAGCUCCAUCAAGCCCCAACGUCUGACCUGAAGGAGGCAGUGGGACGCGAAUCUCAGCUCCAGCCCAGCCCUAUGCCGGAAACUGACGUUCAUUCGCCAGUAAGCAAUCAUCGGUUUGACAAGGGGGACGGCCAUGAUUUCCUCAGCUUGGGCAAACCCGACGAUGGCGGAUCAUCCAAAAGGUACUCGUCUAGGAACACACCUUUCUCAAUAGCGUCAUUUGAAACAUCGGGCACGGCACCGGAAGUGUCGGAGGCAUUGGCUGUGCAUAUGUAUCCUCAUCAGAACUCAUCUGUUGUUAUGGUCCAUCACUCUGCGAAGCCUUCCGAGGCUUCUGACUCGACGAGUAAGGAGACGACUGCUGAAGAGACACCGGACGUGCCGAAGAUAAUGACCACGAGUCCCGAUGGAGGACUGGCAACACCACCACAGCAACGUGGAUCUACGGAUGAGGUCGACUCUCCCCUGCGCAAUCCGCGGCCACCCCCUCAACCGCCGAAACAUCCACCUGCGAUCAAUUUCAUCCCUGCUACGCCAUCUGGUUUGACUCCGGCAGAGGAGCGCCUUGCUCAGCUUGGAAACUUCUACGAAGCCACAGGGGACAAGCCUCCGCGCCGACCCUCUCUUGUAAGGCGAGCAUUCAGUCGCCGACGCCACUCCAUCGAUUAUCCACCGACGGCUUUAAAGGCUCCCGGAUUUCUGACGAGGACAUUCUCCAUGUCCCGGGUCACACGUCGAGACUGGCCAGCUGCCAAUGAGGGCAAGAACUCUGACGCAAUGUCUAUGUAUCCACAAGAAGAAGACAAGCCCAGUGAGGAGGACAAGUUACAUCCGUACUGGCGCCCGCUGUGGCCGACUAGCGACGGCUUAGAGUGCGACGGUUCUUGUGAAGAACACGGACACGAUCACGAAGAUGAAAUUUAUCGAUACCCUCUGGUGGACAAUCGACCUCGAAUUCCCGCGAGGAGUCUCAGCGCAAAAAUGAAACGCACGUUUGCAAUUUUCCCGGCUCGGGAUGAUGCAUACUUCUCGGUCGACAGCUUAGAGGGCCCAGAAAGACGCACCAUCCGGCGAACCCCUAGUGGUAACCUGAGGGUAAUGCGUCGCAGAUCCAGUGGAAAUCCACUCAGACGGAGCGAAAGCUUGCUCGACAGAGCUUUGCACAAGAGCCUCGAGGGUUCUAGGCUGCCAUUCUGGCGCUCGCGCAGUCUGCAACGCCGUGCCAGCAAGGACAAGUUGCGAAGAGCAUCAUCCAUCAGUAGCCGGCUGGAAGGUAUUCAGAAUCUACCGCGGCUUUUGAGUGAGCGAAGGCGGGAGAGGCGGACACGGGAGUUGCGCCAGAUGAUUAGUGGACCGAAGGAGGUUCGGGACGGCGUCGAUGAAGUGAUCAAGCCCAUGAGCGCCAGGCAUCGACAGUAUGACAGCAACACAAUGCCCUGAAGUGGUGACGUCUCUUCAUCGGAGUCAAGGCUUGGAAGGUUCGGGCUGAUGUGUCCCGAACAGCUGCAGGGAGCUGAAAGCUGUACUUGAACAACGCCACGGUGUGAGGACUGACAGGAUCGGAGGAAUCGGCAUGCGGACAGCCCCGGGUAUGUUUACGACUGACAUGAUGUGACGUUUUUACGACAAUGGUGCACUUACGACAACCGACUACGUUGAGGUAUAAGGAAGGGAGGACGAUAUGAUACGAAGUCGGGAAAAGGGCCAGAGAUGAUGUGCUAUGAGGUGGCGAGACGAGGCGAAUUGAAAUGCAUAAUGGAGUUGUUCUUGUUGGCCGCUUGAAAGGGGUGGGACAAAUAGCGUUUUUGAUGUUAUUCCUCUUGUUAGCCGUUUCCUGCCGUUACCUCGAUCGCAGAGGGGUGUGUGGCAAUGUACACUAGGCGCUGAAGGGCCGUAGGUUACGGCCAGCACAGGCGUCGCAAAUUGCCUUGCUCAUUGCACUAGAUCGUCGCAUUUGGUUGUCACGGUUAGAAAAAGAAAACAAGUAGCACGUCAC